AUGAGCAGUGACGAAUCAGGGGAUCCCAAGACGUCUGGCGCAUCGUCCGAGGCCACAAACAGUGAAGAACAGGCAUCUAUGUCUCCCCUGCUGCUGGAUAAGAAGACAAAGAAAGCUAUGGAAUCGAUUGCACCUAUUUUAGAGGGUUUCAUUCCAAAGACAUCGGCUAGUGAGAAUACUUCGUUAAAAUUACCUCCUUCUCAGGUGCCUUAUAAUGAUGUUUUAUCAGAUGAAGAAGAUGUGGGUGUCACAUUACAAAAGACGUUGAGCCGUAACUCUCAGCCUGGUACUCCAAAUGAUAGAUCUAGGAUUUCUCACGAUACUGGAGAAGGUGAGAAUGCUAGAAGCGGCUCGUUUCUUGCGCAAUCAGAGACUCUGUCGCAGUCUGAUACAGAUCGCACCGAGCAGGAUCAAUUAGCUGAACUUGGUAAGAAGACACCAAUUCCAGGUCAACAUGGGUUUGAAUCAUUGAGCUCUUCGGCUACUAGAGCGGCUUCUCCUUGUGGAACGACUCCAAACUCCACCGCAUCCUCAAGGAAAUCAUCGAUCACAGCUCCAAAGCCUCAACUGCCUAAGAUCGGGAAGAUUGGUGUGUGUGCGAUGGAUACGAAAGUGCUUUCCAAGCCUUGUAGACAUAUCUUGAAUCUGCUGAUUGAGAAUGGCGAGUUUGAAACAGUGAUUUUUGGUGAUAAGGUUAUUCUCGAUGAGAGAGUCGAGAAUUGGCCUACUUGUGAUUUUCUCAUCUCUUUUUUCUCUUCUGGCUUUCCAUUGGACAAGGCUAUUUCCUAUGUCAAAUUACGCAAACCGUUUACCAUCAACGACUUGAUGAUGCAAAAGGUGCUGUGGGAUAGAAGGUUGUGUUUGCACGUUUUAGCUGCGGCAGGCGUACAAACACCGCCAAGACUUGAAAUCAGUAGAGAUGGUGGACCAAGAGUGGACGAGGAAUUAAGAACGAAACUUCUUACACGCGGUGUUGACGUCAAACCUAUCAAGCCUCCCAAAUGGCAGAUGAUUGACGAUGACACCUUGGAAGUUGACGGGAAAAUAAUGUCUAAACCUUUUGUUGAGAAACCAGUCGACGGUGAAGAUCAUAAUAUCUUCAUCUACUACCAUUCUAAGAAUGGUGGUGGUGGUCGUCGUUUGUUCCGUAAAGUGGGUAAUAAGUCAUCCGAAUUCGAUCCUACACUUUUGGGUCCAAGAACGGAGGGUUCUUAUAUUUAUGAGGAGUUUAUGGACACCGAUAAUUUCGAAGACGUGAAAGCUUACACAGUAGGUGAAGAGUUUUGUCACGCUGAGACAAGAAAGUCGCCUGUAGUUGAUGGUAUUGUCAGAAGAAAUACGCAUGGUAAAGAGGUAAGAUACAUAACCGAGUUGACUGAAAAAGAGAAGGAAAUGGCUCGUCAAGUAUCAAAGGCAUUUUCACAGAUGAUUUGUGGAUUUGAUUUACUUCGUGUUGGAGGUGAAAGCUACGUCAUUGAUGUUAAUGGGUUUUCCUUCGUGAAGGAUAAUACUUCAUACUAUGAGUCUUGUGCAAGAAUCCUAAGGGAAACAUUCAUUCAAGCAAAGAAGAAGAUGAACGUGCAGAAUAGAAAUCUACCUGCGAUUAAGGAGGAAAAGACUCAAAAAUGGGUUUUUAAAGGUUUAGUAACGGUUAUCAGACAUGCUGAUAGGACUCCCAAGCAAAAGUUUAAGCAUUCUUUCACCUCGCCAAUAUUUAUCUCGUUAUUGAAAGGACAUAAGGAAGAGGUCGUAAUCAGAAAUGUCAGCGAUUUGAGAAUUGUUUUGCAAGCUUUAAAGAUUGCAGAAGAGGAGAAUGCAGAAGAUCCUGCUAAAUUGUUGGUGUUGUCAAACGCUUUGGAGAAAAAGUUAGAGUUUCCAGGUACGAAAAUACAACUGAAGCCAGUGUUGAACUCAGAGAAUGAAGUAGAAAAGGUUCAGUUCAUUUUGAAAUGGGGCGGUGAGCCAACCCAUUCUGCACGCUACCAAGCAAGAGAUUUGGGUGAGCAAAUGAGACAAGACUUUGAUUUAUUGAAUAAAAAGAUUCUUCAAAAUAUCAAGAUUUUUUCCUCAUCUGAAAGAAGAGUACUGUUAUCUGCUCAAAUAUGGGCCCAGGCGCUGUUUGGUGCAGAUGAACUGGGAAGCGAUGAAAUUAGUGUCAGAAAGGAUUUACUGGAUGAUAGUAACGCAGCCAAGGAUCUAAUGGAUAAGGUUAAAAAGAAGUUGAAACCACUACUACGGGAGGGCAAGGAGCCUCCAGCACAGUUUGCUUGGCCCGCAAAGAUGCCUGAACCUUACUACGUUAUCAAACGUGUAGUUGAAUUGAUGAACUACGUUCAGAAAAUCAUGCAUCACAACUACGAGACAAGAGAUGUCAGCGCCAUGCAAGCCAAAUGGUGUUGCGCAGAAGACCCUUGGCUAUUCAAAGAAAGGUGGCAAAAGCUUUUCAGGGAGUUCCAUAACGUUGAAAAGGUCGAUCCUGCAAAAAUAUCGGAGCUUUAUGACACAAUGAAGUACGAUGCUUUGCACAAUAGAACUUUUUUGGAGAGAAUCUUCGAUCCAUGUGAACUAACUGACCAGGAACUUGGGAAGCAUUCUUUGGUUGAUCGUUAUCCAAUCAACAUUUUAGCAAAAAAUAAUUUCAAGAUUGUGGACAGCACUCACAGCAACUCUACCUCUACGAAGGGUGGAAGCAGCGUGGGCUCGCUUGGUUGGGUACUCGAAAGUGGUAAACCUUCUCCUGCUGCUUCAAAGUCUUCAUCACCAUUUGAUGAUCCAAGGUUCAUGCAGUUCAGAGAGCUAUAUAAGCUUGCUAAAGUCCUCUUCGACUUUAUCUGUCCAAAGGAAUACGGUAUUUCUGAUUCUGAGAAGCUUGAUAUCGGGCUAUUGACAUCUUUGCCUUUGGCGAAACAGAUUUUGAAUGACAUAGAUGACAUGAAAAACAGAGAGGAGCCAGCUUGCGUUGCCUACUUCACCAAGGAGUCUCAUAUCUACACCUUGUUGAAUAUCAUUUACGAGUCCGGUAUACCUAUGAGAAUCGCUAGAAACGCACUACCGGAGUUCGACUACCUAUCUCAAAUAAAUUUUGAACUUUAUGAGAGUACUGAUGCAUCUGGUCAGAAGUCUCACUCGAUUAGAUUGAAAAUGUCCCCGGGUUGUCACACGCAGGAUCCCCUAGACGUUCAGCUUGACGACAAGCACUACAUCAGUUGUAUUCCAAAAAUUUCUCUAACAAAACAUUUGGAUAUGGACUACGUUCAACAAAAGCUAAGAAACAAGUUUGGAAGAGUAAGCAUGCCCCAGAAGUUCACACCAGUGAACAUUACAAGCCCAAACUUGACUUUCCAGAAAGACACAAGUCAUCACGCAAGUGUGGCAGGUAUUCAAGUUGAGUGUACUACACCUCCUUCAGAACCACUGUCAAAUCCUCAUUCCUCAGCUUCCAUCGACAAGGAGUUGGAAUAA